CAUAGUUAAUAGAUAACCCUAAAGGCACACUUGCACUUUGUCUCCCCAAAUAGUAAAUGGAGGGUUUUGACAUAUCUUGCUGAUACCCAAGCUGAAAGUACUAUUGCAGGUUGGAUCAAAUAAGUCACCAAAGAACUAUGAUGAUGAAGGUGGGACUCCUUUUCCUCCUGACCUAUGUCUGCACCUUCACCCCUGUCUACCAAACUCAAGAGCGGAGCACCAACAUUACAGACCUGACCUACAAGAACAUGGACUUUGCCAUGAAUCUCUACAGAAAGAUUGCAGGUUACCAUGAUAAAAACAUAUUUUUCUCACCCCUGAGCAUAUCCACAGCUUUUGCCACCCUCUCCAUGGCAGCGCAGGGUCCCACACGAGACCAGAUAGUGAAGGGGCUCAACCUGGCCCACCUAGAUCGGGAGAACCAGCCAGACAUAAUUCCAGAACUCUUCCAACACCUCCAAGGGAACAUCACACAAGAUGGAUCAUUGAAAUUUGACCAGAGCACCGCCCUCUUCGUCCGCCUAACUUUUGAGGUAGAGAGAGACUAUAGUGACCAGGUCAAGAAAUUCUUCAACGCUGACAUCAACAAUGUUGACUUUGCAGAUAGUAAAGCUAGCGUUGCCCUGAUCAAUGACUACAUAACGAGAAAGACUGGUAACAAAGUCAAGGAGGUGGUCUCUAACUUGGAUCCACUCACCCAACUCAUGCUCAUCAACACCAUUUUCUUUCAGGGUGAAUGGCAAAUGCCCUUCAACCCCAAUCACACAGAAAAUGGACGCUUCUUUAUUGACAACUACAACAUUGUCCAGGUGCCCAUGAUGUUUAGAAUGGAGGAUAAGUUCUACACAAUGGAUGACAUUCCCCUGAAAGCCAAGGUGCUGAAGCUACCUUACCGGGAGGGCGUUUCAAUGCUUAUUCUGCUACCCAACAAAGGCCUGGAUUAUACCACAAUAGAUGACGAGAUCACAACUAAGAGAUUCCUCAGCUGGAUCAAAAACCUGAAAAAAAUGAAACUGGAAGUUCAACUGCCCAAGUUCAAGAUGGAGCAAUCUUACGCCAUGCACAGCAUCCUUCCAGAUUUGGGCAUAUCCAGUAUCUUCCAUGACACCGCUAACCUCACUAGGUUGAGCAAAGACCCAGGCCUGAAGGUGUCAGAGGUGUUGCACAAGGCAGUGAUUGAGGUGGAUGAGAAAGGCACCACUGCAGCCGCUGCCACAGAAGGCACCAUCACUGGAUAUGCCUUACCCUCUUCCUUCAUCGUCAACCGACCAUUCUUCUUUUUUAUUUACCAUGAGGCCACUAACAGCUUGUUGUUCAUGGGCCGAGUGAUUGACCCCACCAAAAACUGAUUGUAAAGAGUACUAUGUAUUUGGUGUCUGGAGAGGUGUUGUACAUGUUGAGUUUGAGUUUAUUUUUAUUUUUACAGGGACAGUGCACAUUAAUCAACAUUUCAGUAAAAGUGCCGGUUUUAGCCAACCGGCUAAUUUUCAACCGCAGUCCCUGGGCAGGUUAUUAAAAACAAUUACAAUAUAGACAAUAGCAACAUAGAACAAGCAAGACAUAGCAUACAGACAGAGCAACAUAGGACAAGCAAGUAAUAUGUUCAGUUUGUAUGUAUUAAAAGGUGAACAGAUAUUCAACUGGUUUGGUGAUCUUCCUAAUAUACAGACUGUAACCUGAACAUUUCAACCCUGCCUGAGUCCUUCAAUUAAAGGCAUGUAUCACAUAUUAUCAAAGAAAUUAAGCAAAUAUGACCAACGUUAGAGUCCAAUUAAUGUUACAUUAUAGAAAACCUUUUCAUAUGUAGUAUGUCUGAUCUGCAUUGUCAAUGUCUUCUCCAUCACUUCAGACACACAUUCCAGCAACACUGCUCUCUGCUCAAGCUGAAAGGUUACUAAUAAAGUUUUUCAAACCACGUGAUUACAAAUGCCA